AAUAUCAGGAAGAAUCACCAUGUGUUGGAUGAAAUUUCGAACGUUUCUUCUUAUUGCUGGUUUUUUUGGAGCUUCACUGGUGAUUAUCCAGAUUCGUCUGACCCCUAGUGAUGAAGAAACAUCAAUUUCUGGAGGUGAACUGGUCGAUUUCUAUGACCCAGUGAUCUUAUGGUGGACACCUUUUGGGUCUGAUGGAGCCUCCAGAACGUGUGGAAAAUUCAAGUGUAUUUUUACACAAGACAGAGUUUACUGGAAUCAUCAGAAUCUCAAGGCAAUUUUAUUUUAUGGCAGUAAUUUGGAAAUUCACGAUCUCCCAGUGCCCAGAGGAUCUGGCAUUAAAUGGGGAUUACUCCACGAGGAAUCACCCAGGAAUAAUUUGAUGUUCGUUCACCAGGAGACACUCAGGCUUUUCAAUUACUCAUCGACAUUCAGUAGAUUCAGUGACGUCCCCUUGACGCUCGUUGAUUUACCUGGAGAAGAGGAUUUAUUAAGCAAAAAGUAUUUUAUCCCCACAAAAGAGAAAAACAGACUGAUGAACGAGGAAAAUCUGUCUCCCCUGCUCUAUCUCCAGUCAAACUGUGAUACUCUCAGUGAAAGAGACUUAUAUAUCUCCGAAUUGAUGAAAUACAUUGCUGUUGAUGCGUAUGGAGCUUGUCUGAAUAAUCGAAAGCUCCCUGGGCCCUUGAGGGACAAUUACAUCGGACGUUUGAACAGCGGCGAAUUGAAAAAAUUCGUUGGCAAAUAUAAAUUCACGUUGGCCUUCGAAAAUGCUGUCUGCGAGGAUUACAUCACUGAAAAGCUCUGGAGGCCACUGACUGUCGGCUCUGUACCUAUUUAUUACGGUUCUCCAUCCUUUAAGGACUGGCUUCCGAAUAAUUCAUCAGCUGUCGCAGUCCAGGAUUUUAAAUCUCCGAAAGAUCUAGCUGAGUUUCUUCAUCAAUUAAUGAAAAAUGACACAUUGUAUGAGCAAUAUCUCUCUCAUAAAUUAAUCCAUGAAAUUCGUAAUGACAGGCUUCUGGAAAAUCUGAGGAAAAGGCCCAAGGGGUUGUUCAGUGUCUUCGAAUACUAUCUCCGUAACUUUGAAUGUCAAGUGUGUGAAAAAAUCCAUCGAAAUGAGUCUCGAACGGUUUCAAAAGAAGAAUACAACUGUGAAAAACCGAGUGAGAAAUUCAAUUACAAUAGAAAAAUCGUGAAAAAUUCGUGGAUCGAUGUCUGGAAUAUCGAAAAAUGCGGUGGAAAAUUAUUGACUGAGUAUUUAUUGAAGAAUCAAAGCGUUAAAUCAACUGAGUUUAAUGCAAAGAAAAUGGAGAUGCAUAAAGAAAAUAAAUGUUGAUACUAUUUAAA